AGGAAAGAGGGAGGAAAGAGUCGUCCACCGAGCGAGCUGGAGGAUUCCCUCUUCUCUACACCGGGAGACUGAUUCGCCACCAAUAACCCUCCCAGACAAACACGCAAACAAAGAAGUUCCCCGACCAAACUGGCCCUGGUUUGGACAGCAACCAGUCGGAUUGUGCCAGGCGGCAGUGACCCUCCAGGAGAACAUCCCCCUCUCUACUGGCAACCUCCGAAAGAAUGCAUGUUAAGGGAGAAACUGGAGGGAACCGGGGUAUUGGGUCCCUCCAGAGGAAGAUGCCUGUUUCGCAGAGGGGUGCAUAAAUAUCGUGCCUUUGUUCCUGGACAUCAACUUGUCUUUCAGCCGGGUAGGAUUCAUACCAUCCGUAUCUGCGCAUUCCAAUCCCCCCCCAAAGCUGAGCCAUCCUCUGAUCCGAUCGCAACAGAGCUGAUCCAAGAUGGGGGAGGACGGGUCCCCUACUCCUCGUCAAUCCCGGCGCCUCGCCGGCCUGGCGCCAGAGCAUGGUCUGGAAGACGAUCAAAACGACCCCCAGGAUGUCAGCGCCAUGGGAAGCUCCCGAGGAGGCCCCAAUCUCAACUGGGACAGUGGGGUGCCCGAAAGACGCUUCCGCCGGGUGGGCGAGCGUCGGUCCCUCGGGCACCUCCUGUGGAUGAUCGUCAAGUCGAUCUUUGGAACGCCGGAUGUCAUCGACACCCCUCAGACCCCGGAGACGAACUUCCCUCUCCUCCACGCCGUGAAAGCUCGCCGACGUGAGGGGGACCCGGAGUCGGGCUAUGGCCUCACCCUCUUCGAGUUCCAGGAUAUCUCCGGCCCGGGCGUGCCGUUGGACUGGCAGGGGUGCGAAUCCGCCCUCGCCAAAUCCAUGACGGUCGAUCUCGAGGCGCGGAAGAGAUGGGCUGUGUACGGGGCCGUGGCCAUUGGCCAGUUAAUCCAGUUCUAUCAUUGCGUGGACGGCGGGGAUGUGACCAACAUCAAGGCCAAGGGGAAGUAUGCCCUCCACAUGCAGGAUGACAGCGGGCUGAUCAUGGGCCAGCUCAAUGAUAUAAGCCAGCAGUUCAUCGAAGACCUCACCAGAGAUGACGAGGCGGAUGACGAGGAGGACGACGAAGAUGACGGUGGCGAUACUGGCGAUACUGGCGAUACUGGCAGUGAUGAUGAGAGCGAUGGCGACGACGACGACGACGAUAACAACCGUCGCGCGGCUGGAGAUGAUGGCCCACAGGACAGCGAGGAUAGUGAUGAAUCCAAUGCUCUUCGCGCAGUCAGUGGUCGCAGACCUGCUGCUCCUACGUGGCUGGUCAAUUUCACCCCCGCAGCAUCCCCCAAGAGUAGGUCCUCGAAAGCCACCCCUAGAAGUACUCCUAGAAGCACCCCUCGAAAGACCUAUAGAAGUGCCUCCGGAAACGCCUCCGGGGACACUUCGGAAGAUGCCGCGGGUCCAACGCCUGAAGACUCCUCCAUCACAUCUGCGGAUUCACCUUCGAACGCAUCGGACGACUCUUCUGUGACAUCUGAGGAUCCACCCUCGAACGCAUCGGGGGACCAUUCGGAGGAUUCCUCUGAAGAACAGUUUGGGGACGAUGCUGGGGACGAUUCUGGGGACAGUUCCGGGGGCGAUUCAGGGCCUGAUAAUGGCGAUGCUUGGGGCCCCGUUGGAGACAAUUCUGGAAGCGAUUCUGGUGACGAUGAGAGAGAGAACUCGGAGGAGAACGAGGAACACAGCCGAGACUCCUCCCCAGACCCGCUCGAACUCACGACCGAAACUGGCGACGCCGCCCCCGGAGAUCACAUCUCCUACCAUCAAGGAAGAUUUCGGAUGGUCAUCCGAGGAAGACCUCGAACGCCCCCCGGGCCUCUCUCCAGGCCAUCUGCCGAAGACUCCUCCCCAGACCCCCUCGCCACCGCUCUCGAAGAUGACUCCUCCCACGUGGAAUCGGAGGCCGAUCCCGAAUAUGUCCCUGAAUCCUCUGCCUGCGAGGCUCAGCCCGAACCCGAUGCCGACAUGAACUCGCCCCAGAUAUCAGACGUCCGGAUGCUCUCGCCUCGGUUCCCACUGGACUUCAACAUGGCCGGCAACCACCCGGAGCCGGAUUUGGAAAGCCUGGAAGGAGGGACUGUCAUCUUUCCGCAGGACAUACUGAAGAGCAUUACCGGCUUUCCGAGGGGAGUUGCGAGGCACUUCCUGGACGUACACCCUGCCCGUGAAAAUGAAAGAGGGUCGACCGAGAAGCAGGGGGCAGUGAGGGGGUCUUCGUGGCCGGGGGUGUAGAUUAUUAUCUCUUUUUUUUUUUUUUCUUGCUGUGGUAGA